AUGAUCCAAGUUUUGGACCCAAGGCCUCUGUCCAGUUCCAUCAUGCCUGUAGAUGUGGCCAUGAGAAUCUGUCUGGCUCGUUCUCCACCUGUGAAGAGCUUUCUCAAUCCAUUUGAUGAGUAUCGGAGAAGAAACUUUGUGGACCGGUUUAAGCCUCUUAGACCAUGCCUCCACAUGAAACGUGAGACCGAGCCUCAAAGCAGUGACCGGAAACGCUCUGCUGGCCGAACCAAAAAGAGAGUGGUCUUUGCGGACUCGAAAGGUCUCUCUCUGACUGCAAUCCACGUCUUCUCUGAAUUCCAGGAGAACCCAGCAUGGGAUCUUCAGUUUGACUUGUUACAUCUUGAAGACAUAACAGCCGGCUUAAAACUGCAUGAGGAAAAGAAUUUGAUUCUGGGUUUCACUCAGCCAUCAGCCGAUUACUUAGACUUCCGGAACCGCUUGCAGAAAAAUUUUGUCUGUCUUGAGAACUGCACCCUCCAAGAAAGAGCUGUGUCGGGGACGGUGAAAGUGAAAAAUGUGAGUUUUGAGAAAAAGGUGCAGGUGCGGAUCACCUACGACUCUUGGAAGACUUAUUCCAACAUCGAUUGCGUUUACAUGAACAACGUCUAUGGAGACUCUGACAACGAUACCUUUUCUUUUGCUCUUGACUUGCCUCCCGCCAUUCCUACUGAAAAGAAGAUUGAAUUUUGCAUCUAUUACCAAAGUGGAGAGCGUGACUUCUGGGACAAUAACGAUGGGCAGAACUACAAGAUUGUCCAUGCGCAAUGGAAGCCUGAUGGUGUUCAAGCACCAGCGUUGCCCAAGAAAGACUGCGUUACACUCAGGUCUUCAAGUAAAGGGCAUGAAACAGGCUGUGACCAUCUCAGCAGCCCUCGGAUAUCUAACGGCCUUUCCCCUGAAUGGCAAAGCUGGGGCAGGAUGGGAAAUUCCUCUCCAUAUUGGUGAAGGAAAUAAGCUACAGAGUUAUCUGCUGUCAGCAGUGGAACGUUAACUGGUCUCCUAGAAGGAUUUGCUGACUGCCGAAAAAACAAACCUGACUUGU